AUGGGCCUGACCUUUUUUUCUGCAGAUAAAACAGGUUUACUUGGUGAACAGCGCAGCCCCAUAGUGGCACCACUCUUCAAAACAUGCAACGAAUCACACUUGUCUUGGCUGCUGCUCAAUCAGAAAAUCGAGGAUGUUUCAUCAAGAAUAGAAGCUCUGGAGUCGAGCUUCCAAAGGUUCCAGGAGACGAAUUGGGUUGAAAUAAAGAAGAUUAAAAGAAGCAAGUUUGUUCAAUCCGAAGGGGUUAAGGAAGUAGCUCAUGCUGUGGUGAAGGAUGCGCUUCGUCAAUACUCACGGGAACAAAUAGGCCAGCAAGACUUUGCACUAUACAGCGGUGGAGCAAGAAUAAUCCCUUCCCUAACAUCAAAAACGUACCAAGUCGAAAUGAAAGGGAUGAAGGCAAUAUUUAUUAGUUUCUGGACGGGCGCACCAAGAAUCAUAAGCGGAAGAGGACCAAUUGCAGCUCUCAGUCCAGAAAUCGAAGCCGGAAUGUGCUGGUCAAUCUCAGGAUCGACAGGCCAACUUGGUGUUAGCCUUGCAAGAAGAAUCCUAGUAACUUCAGUUUCUGUCGAGCACAUUUCAACAUUAUCAGCUUACGAAAUAGAUUCAUCACCUAAGGAAAUGGAGGUUUGUCCCGAAAUACCGGAACUAUAUUCAACACAAUCCAGCCUUAAAUCCACGACAAUUACUCAUAAAUCAAAUAGACAAAGGUUCUCUGUUUUUUCCCCCAAUCUUACGGCAAAAGUUACUGUUCGUGAUCAAGUCCAAUUAUGGAAAUCCUUACUAUACUUGUAUUUAUCGAUUCAGAGUGCAUGGAUUGAUGGAGAAUGA